AUGAAAGUUUCAAUUAUUUUCAUCACAUUAUUCGCUUAUAUAAGUGCCACGACAUUGAAAUGUCAAUUCACUAAAAAUACGGUGUUUUCUUACGUUUGUGAAAUAAGAAAAGUUGAGCUUAUUGAUGUUGCUGAUGAGUUUAUCGUAGAACAUGACGAUCAUCAAAAGGAUAAAUCAGAUAGUGACGUCAAAAUGGUUUCAUUCAUUGAUUCAACUAUCAACGUGGUGCCAAAUCAAAUUUUUUCCAUUUUUCCGAAUCUUGAUAUUCUUGACUUGGUGAAUACGAGGAUAAAGAAAUGGAAUCGUGAUAAUCUUAAAAGUGCAAAACAUUUGAGACGCAUUUGGUUAGCAUACAAUCAAAUCGAAGAAUUAUUUGAUAAUUCAUUCAUCGGAGCAACUGGGCUGGAGAAUCUCUUAUUAGAUAAUAAUAAAAUAUCAAAAAUUGGCGAUAAGACGUUCAACGGACUAUCACAAGUGAAAUCACUUGAAUUUCAAAACAAUUUCAUAAAAACACUCAGUGAAAAAUUGCUUGCGCCUCUUAAGAAAUUGAAAGAACUGAAUUUGAGUGAAAAUAAAAUUUCUCAUUUCGAUGAAAAUGCAUUUCACAAUAAUGGGCGUUUGGAGUUCUUGAACCUAGCAUCAAACAAUAUUACAGUUUUACCGGAAAAACUAUUCCAUAGUCAACUGGAUUUAACUAUUUUAUAUUUGCAUAAUAAUCAAAUCACAAAACUAUCUCCUGAACUUUUUGCUGAUUGCUCUGCUUUGAUGGAAUUAAGAUUGGAUCACAAUCGUAUUUUGGAAAUUCCUUUGGGAAUGUUUACGAAUAAUCAAAUGUUCAAACUGUUGAACAUCAUGCACAAUGACAUUGAUAAAUUCAAUGGAAAAGUUUUACCAGAGGAAAUGGAACUUUUAUACCUUGAUGAAAGCGUUGAAACUGAAAAUAUUAUGGCAACUUUGGAAAUUAUUCGCGGUGAAAAAAAGGUGUCAUCGCUUUGGACACAACCUGACAAAGUUGUUGAAUACUCAGCUGCUGAAUAAUGAAAUAUUUUCACAUCGAUAAUCCUGGAACCAUUAUAAUUGACUAAUCAAGAUUACUUUAUGUUGUUGUUUUUACUUGUCUUAACUUAAACCAUCAGUUAAAGAAUUGAAUAUAAUAUGUAUCUAAACUUAAAAAAAGAACAAAACUUUCAUUAUCUCUCUUUUUCUUUCACAAACAAAUUUAACUUGUCUAAUGCAAUGAAUGUGAUGUGAAUUUUAAAUAUUUUUUUGGAUAAAAUAAAUCAGCAAAAAUAAACCAA